AUGUUUUUAUUUAUACCAAUUCUUUGUGGUGUUAAUAGUAGGGAUACUAAUUAUAUACCCAAGAAAAAAAAAGAUCAAGAGGUAUUGAGUGCUGGGGAGUAUCAAGGGUUGUACUGUCCACAUUGUCAUAAUUAUAGUGUGAGUCCGAUCAAGAAUCGUAAAGUGUUCGAACUCUAUUUCAUUCCAUUGAUUCCUUUCAAAGCACAUAAACAAUUACAUUGUUCUAUAUGUAAUUGGAGACAAAAUGUUAAUUCUGAUUAUGAAUUGAAUACGAUAGUCAAAAGUCAAAAAAAUAUCAAAAUGGGGUGA